AUGCAGUGUUGCUUCGCAUGCAUAUCUUGGAAGAAAUUAUUCGAUACUGUAAUUUAUUCACGAAAUGCAGUAAACGCAGUAAACGUUAUCAACGAAAAGAACGAAUCACUAAUGUUAUCUGUUCCACAAACUUCUCAGGGUAAAGUUUCUGAGACUAGGCGUUUGAAAGUUGCUCUUGCAAGUGGUCGAAGCUUAAUGGAUUGGAUCAAGUUGACAUCAUCCAGAAGUAUCGCGGCAAAGAUAAAACGAGAUGUCGAUCAUGUUGAGCUCAGUAAACAUGCAAGUGUUGGCGACUGCUGGAUUUUACUCGGUGAAAAGGUGUACGAUGUGACAGAUUAUUUGGCAUUUCAUCCAGGUGGUGUUGAGGAGCUAAUGCGUGUUGCUGGUACGGAUGGUACAGAUCUUUUCAACAAGAUGCAUGCUUGGGUUAAUUAUGACACAAUGUUGAAAACUUGCUUUGUUGGUACUUUCAACGGCGAUAGAUAUAAAUUACCCGAGCCGAAAACAACGAAUUUUACUGAAGAAACAAAUUCAGACAUCGUCAAUUUUGAAACAGCUAGGGUAAGAGCAGAAGUUAAUUCUGACGGUCAGUUAUCAGUAAGUUGUCCGAAAUGGGAUCAGCUGAAAGAUGAAAAUGUAUCCUUGGAAUUUACGGAGAAUGUGCUGAGACUCUUAUUGCAUUUUUCUUCCGGUAAAACAGAGGCAUUACAAUGGACAAACAUAUCAACAGCUUUUUUUACUGAACCUUUUCGUGUUGGUAUUAAUGACAAAGCAAUAUUUUUGUCAUAUAAAAUGAUUGAUGAGAAUAUCAGUCGUCAGUGGACUUCGGGAUCGUAUCAUUAUAAACCAGUAUUGAAGUAUCGAAGUUGUGUGAUAUUUGAGAUGUAUGAUAUAACACACGAUACUACUUCAGUUGUUUUGCAAAUGGCUUCUCACUGUCGUUUAAUGAUACCUAUCGGGCAUCACGUUCUGCUGCGGAUCUGCGUUAAUGGAAGUUUGAUCGAACGUCCAUAUACUCCGGUUCUUGUGUCGGAAGAUGGGCAGUUCAUCUCAUUUAUGAUAAAAUUUUAUAAAAAUGGUGUUUUCACUUCAAAAUUGCGCAGCAAAAAAUGUGGGGAUUUGAUCGAAAUUAGCGAUGCGUUAGGAUGUUUUAAUGUGUUGCCCGAUUACCCUGGUAUCGUGUUAAUGCUCGCAGCUGGAACGGGUUUAACACCCAUGAUUCGAUUUAUGGUUAAACGUUUGAAAAAUAAUAAAAAGGCAACUAUAAUUCUCUUCAACAGAAAGGAGAUGGAUAUUGUAUCAGACGACUAUUUUACGAAGUGUGAAAUGCCACUGAGUCAUCCUUUGCUAGAGAUAAAACAUUGUUUAAGUGAAGCUGACGAGAAAUGGGAUGGCGAAAAAGGCAUUAUUUCGAAGCAAAUACUUUCAAAAUAUAUUGAUGAAGAUGUGAAAAAAACCGGUUAUCGAAUAUUAAUUUGUGGGCCUGAUCCUUUCAUUAGUCUUGCAACAAAAUUGUUGAGAGAAUCAGGAGUGUCUCUGAAACAUAUUUAUAUUUUCCAGAGUUAA